AUGAACCCCAUUGAAAAAGGCCCGUCCCAGGCGGAACGGGCGAAGAAGAAGAACUCCGCCGUGUGCGUGUGCGCGCCGCCGAAUCGCGCGGCCCUAGCUACUCCCGGCUGGGCCCGGGUGCCAGGGUCCCGGGAUGGGUCCCGGAUCGCCUCCCGGGGACCCGGGUGGUACACGGGGACGGAGGAGGCACAGCACCACCAGCACCAGCAGGCAGCAGCCAGUCAGGCGGCGACGAGGAUCAGCCAGCCAACCAACACAAGCGCCGCCGCCGCCAUCUUGCCUGCCCGAGAAAGAGAGAGAGAGAGAGAGAGAGACGUACGGCCGGCCACCACUCUCCCCCAGCCUCCCUUGCAACUUGCAACUCCACCGCCCGUGCUCUCCUCCUCCUCCUCCUCCUCCUCCUCGGCCUGGCUCGGUGGUGCUGCUGCUCUCAGACACUUCUUCUCUAUUACUACUCCUACCACCACCACCACCACUGCUCCUGCUACUGCUGCUGCUGCUGGUGGUGUGCUUCUCAGCAGCAGCAGCAGCCUGUCUGAAUAUGACGUGAUGACAGAACCGAGCUGUUCUCCUCGCUGCAUAAUCACUUGCAUUGUCAUCUGUCAAAGGAAGCAGCAGCAACAGCAGCACCAGCAGCAGUCACUCGUCACCGCCAGGCGAACGCCGUGCCGCGGCAGUGAACAAGUCGAAGAGCCCUUGAUCGUUUUGACGGUGAAAUGGCUGCUGCUUGUGUGCCGUCAGCGGCCGUCGGAAGGGAGCGGCAGCCAUUGCAGAACCUCUUCCCCUGCCGCCGCCGCCGUCCUCGUCCUCGUCGUUGUUCCGCCUUCGGUGGGAACUCCGUCGGGAAAAACUACGGUCCUUGGAGGAGUUUCCCUGACACAGUUGAUUGUCUGGACCGUCUUCCCUUCGGCAGAGUGCGAGGCGAAGAAAAACGACGUCUCAGACGACGCGUUUUGUGAUAUCACCGUGAUUUUGAGAACACCGAAUGCAACGGAAGGUUACAUCGCAAUCAUGGCUGCGUGGACGAAGCUGGAGUCCCCCGGUUUUCUUGUCCACGCCUUUGAGUCGUCCUAUUCAAACCUUCUCGAAGCGAAGGGGGUGGAGGGAGUAGUGAGAGAGGGGGGAACGAAAAGGAAGGGAAGGAGGAAGGAGGGAGAAAAGGCAGGAAGGAGGAAGAUAGGAAGGAGGAGGAGGAGGGAGAGGGGUCAGGAGGAAGAGGUGGAGGAGGAGGAGAGAGAACCGGAGGUGGAGGAGGAAGAGGUGGAGAAGGAGGAGAGAGAAGCGGAGUUGGAGGAGGAGGAAGAGGAGGAGAGGGUGUUGGAGAACGAGGCACUUCGAGCGUUGGGAGUACCAGUCAUGAUUUGA